GUCAACUCUUUCCUUUAGAAAUUCUUUUAAAAAUUUCCAAUUUUUUAGAUUCAUUUAAUAAGAUGUUUCCUUUCUCCAUUCAAAACCCAAUUGUUCGUUUUGAAAGCAAUUUUAGACCGGGACAAAUAUUUACUUGGGGUUAUCAUAGAAUUAUUUAUUAUGUUGAAGAUUCUUUUGGUUAUUGGAAUUCUUGUGAGUUUAAUAUAAUAAUUUCUCCAAAUAAAUGUCAAUUACCUUCAAAUAAUUCAAAAAACAAUAAUUCAACAAUUUUUAUUUUAAAUGAAAUGGAUUUGAAAGAAAAUUCUGAAGCAGAAUUUAAUGCAAAAUUAUUUUGUAAAAAUACUGAAUAUAUUUUUAAAAACCAACAGCCAUUUUAUAUUUGUGAUAGAUUGGUUUUUAAAUUAUGUAGAUUUAGAAAAUUAAUUUUCUAG